ACCAGGAGCUGCGUCUGUCACUCACUCAGGCAUGCGCAUUGGACUUCCCACUGCAGACAAAGUGCAAGGUGGAUCCUGGAAAGCUUUAGUCGUGACUGUGCUCCUGAGUGUGUUUAUGUUCCAGCUGCUGCGGACCGUCGGACUGAGGGCCUUUUCCAUGGCAUCUGAGACGUACACAUCGGGCACACACUCUGCCGCCUUUGUCACCUGCCCCAACGACACAGUGGCUAAAGAAUUGGCCAGGGGGAUUGUGGAAAAGAAGCUAGCUGCUUGCGUCAACAUUGUCCCAGCAAUCACAUCUGUGUAUGAAUGGCAGGGUAAGAUUGAAGAGGACAAUGAGGUGCUUCUGAUGAUUAAAACAAGAAGUUCCAAGGUGCCUGCUCUUGCGGAAUAUGUUCGCUCGAACCAUCCGUAUGAGGUGGCCGAGGUCAUCAGCCUGCCCAUUGACCAGGGCAACCCGCCCUACCUCAAGUGGAUAGGAGACAUUGUCCCCGAGUAAGAACACAGUGAUGGAUUAAUUAAUGGACAGGUUCAAAAAUAUUGACAAUUACAGCGACUGUGUUCCUUUUUAUAAGACAAAUCCAAUAUUUAGACACCCUCAAGAAAGUUACCAAAUCUAAAAAAAAUAGUGUCCAUCAUGUGAAACAUAUACAGAAGGUAGUCACUUUGUCUUGAUUCUGAAAUGACUAAAACUGUCUUUUUUUUAAUGUGUACUAUUAUUUGAGGCUGAUAAUAUUUUUCUCUGUAUUGGCCUACAGAGGGCAGCAGAGGCUUGUUCUUAAAAACCUGCCUCUUCUUCUGUUUUGUCAAAGAAGCAUUUUGCAAUAAAGUGGAGGAUUGUUUUUCA